CAUGAAAGUGCUACUGCUAACCAGCGUGAUGUACGUCCUGUGCCUUCCAGCCAUAUGGGGAUACGUGGGGGACCCGAAAAUGCAUAAGCUGACGGUGGGCGGUGUUUGGAGCGAGCGGAGAUCUUCAACCCGCAAAGUGAACCCCUUCAAAACGAAGUUGCAAAGCGAUUUCAACUACGAGGGUAAGAGGUACUACAACAACAGACCAAUGACAGGGGAGAAGUCCUUGAACAAAAUUAUGCUCAUAGGACGAGUUGGAUGCGAACCAGAUAUAAAAAUUUUAAAUGGAGGAGACAAGGUUGCUACGUUCAGCUUGGCAACAAAUGAAUUUUGGAGAGACAGAAAUACAAAUGAAUUGAAAUCCAAGACGGACUGGCAUCGCGUCGUGGUAUAUGACCAAAAUAUUGUUGACCUUGUAGAUAAAUUUUUACGAAAGGGAAGGAGAGUAUAUAUCCAAGGAUCGCUACACACGAGGAGAUGGUUCGGUAAUGACCUGACCAAUCAGCCGAGACAGAUAACUGAAGUAGUGUUGUCCUACAAUAAAGGUGAUUUAAUAUUUUUGGAUGACAAACGAAAUUUUAUUUCGCGAAAUGCUUCAAAUGUGCAGAGUAGUGAAAGUCCCAGUUCAACCAGCGAACCAAGUGUUGCCAACAGUUUGGGGGGAAACUCCGACGAAGGGAUAACUCCACCGAACAGUCACACUGAUGGUGGUGUGGAACAGGAUGACUUUGCACACGGAUUGGAGGGCGCUGCUGCAGAGGGCUUCGAUUCGCUGGAGGAUGGCCUCGGGAAGGAGGAGGGCAUCUACGACAAGAUGAACACGCAGGAGUUUGACGAAUG